AUGGUGUCAGCGGCAGGCGGCAUCAUCAUCGCCAUUGUCGUGCUCGCCCUGGUGGCGGCAGUGGCAUGGAUUGUCUUUACGCAGUACCGCGCACGCAGACUCGGCCUCCCCACCCCGAGCCUCUCGUCAUACCUUCCCUGGAAGAAGCGCGAUAGUCCCUACGGACCGCCCCAGCCCGCGCCCGGCGGCGUCGCGGGCUGGUUCAACGACCAGGUCCGCAAGUUCAAGAACCGCAACAACCGGUCCGCCGCCGGCGCGUACGAGCCCUCCAACCGCGGCGUCGGCGUCGGCGUCGGCGGCGCCCGGGGCGCGUUCGACCCGGACGAGGCCUGGGACACGCGCGUCGGCAACGAGGCCGACCACUACGGCUACUACGAGGAGGAGCUGACGGCCCGCGGUGGCGGUGCCGUCGCUGCGGGUGCUGGUCGCCGCAUCAGCACCGAGUACCACGGCGGCAGCUCGUACAACAUGAACCUGGCGGCCACGCCCGGCCGCGAGCGUGACGAGGACGACGUCGACCUGGAGAGGGGCCGGCAGCCCUCGCGGAGCCCCGGCGCGGGACCGCGCGGCAACAACCCGUUUGACGACGAUCACGCGGCCGAGAGCCUGCGUGGCGUCAGCCCGCGACCGAUGGAGCACGGGCACAAGAGCAGCGCCAGUCCCUCGCGUCACUCGGUGUUUAAAGAGAAUGUAUAG